AUGGUCCUCACGGUGGACGUGGUCGUGUCGUCCAUGCAGGCUCUUGUCUCGGCUCAGCAGGCCACGCUGGAGGUGCAGGAGUGGGGCUGUGCUGGGCUGCAAGAUCUCUCCGCGCAGGGCGCCGACACCUGCUUGCGCAUCGAGGAGCAGGGCGGCCUGGAGGUGCUCCUCGCCACGGUGAGGGUGCGGCUCGGCUCCCAGAAGGUGCAGGGCCACGGCUGCGCAGCCAUGGCGAACCUGUCCCGUGGCAGCGUGGCCCGGCAGGCACGCAUCGAGUUCCUCGGGGGCGUCGAGCUCGCCCUCGCCACGUUGCGCGCGCACCCCUACGCCCCAGAUAUCCAGGGCUGGGCGUUGGCGGCGCUGCGGGAGCUGGCCUUCGGCAGCGCGAGCGCCCAGCAGAGAGUCAUGGAUGGCGACGGCGUGCAGCUGGUCGUCCGCGCGCUGCGCGAGCACCGCGACGCUGCGGCAGUGCAGGCUCCGCUUCGUGAUUGGGUGCUACAGCAGUUGCGGCUGGUCCAACACAUUCGGGGGCAGCAGAACUAA